CCAAGCAUUUCAGUUGGCAGUUAACAGUCGCCGCGCUUGGUUGCUAAAAGAAUAUACUCUACCGGGUGGCGUCAAUAGCGAAAGGCAAGGAGAUCAGGUGGUUUAAUUGUUUCGUCGUGGCGGUUCGCACCUGAGGUGUGUGCGUGUUUGAAUAUUCGCAAGUGAUUGUUUGCCAAUACACAUUACAAUCGGUGGGGCUAACCGGAUGGUCUUAUCAUUCGAAGCGGUGUUUGAUGCAGUGCAGUUGCUAAUUAUCUGACUCACACCGGAAAGACUGUGGAUGCUGAGAGGAAAUACUCCGAGAAGAGGAAAGACUUCAACUACGUAGUCAUCAUAACCAUAGAAGAAUCUGGAGGCAAAGAUCUGAUACCGUAGUGAAGAGUACUCGUCAAAUUUUGACAAGCUAAUCAACACAUCAAGUGACCGUGUUUCAAUUCAAGAGAUUAGAAAUAGAAAUUAUCCGAAUUGCGCAAGUGAGUGCAGUUUAGACUACCUACGAUCUUCAUCUCUGCACGUUUGCGUUUAUUUUCGUAACAAAUCCGUCACUGUUCGAAGAUAGAUCUUGCUAAGAGCACGGUAAACAGUGUAGUUGAGGGUAAAGAGAUUUAAAUUGUGUGCUUUCAAUAAGAUAUAAAAAAGUGUUCCGGUGGAAAUCAUUCCCAGCAGAAAAAGAAGUUCUCCUUCCAGCAACAUGUUUCCCACGACGGCCAGCUUGGGCAAGUUCUACAACCGUUUGAGUAUACUGAUAACCGUUUUCAUUACCGUGAAUCUUGCCAAGAUAAGAGCAGAAAACUGCGGUCAGGAGGAACUGGCCACAUGCGCCCGGCCCUUCCAGGUACUGCAGUCGUCAACGGAUUUGUCGAUAGCGACCAAAAAAGAGGAGCUGGAUAAAAUUUGCCCCGAUUUAACUAGGGGCCUACACUGCAUCCGAAGCUACACGCGGCGGUGCAUGACUCUGGAGCAGCGGAAUCGUUUCAAUAAACUCUAUAAUGGCACCCAUCAAUUCGUUCGAGACCUCUGCCGGGAAGGACCGUAUCAGAGCGAAUUUUUAACGCACGCUCCCUGCCUGCAGCGUGUGCGACCGGACUACGAAGUUUGCGGCCGGAAAUACCACAAUACGGUUUCGGUUAUCACCCAGCAGCAACAACAUCACCAGGCCCGCCACGAAAGGCAUCACCAGCAGCAGCAGCAGCAGCAACUACAACCCAAUCACCAUACCACGGCUGGGCGGGAUGCCGAGGCGGAUGUGCGGACAGUGUGCUGUUCGUUCAUAGAAUAUCUGGACUGUUCGGAAAGUGUCGCCAAGAAGACAUGCGGCUGGGAAACGGCGAAAUUCACGCGCGGAUUUCUGGACAAAAUGUCGUCGAAUCUGAUAAAUAUGUACUGCGAAGAUUACUACAACUCGAACAAAUGCCCCUCGAUGCAAUCAUCCGGCGUCAGCAUCAUACCCAGCAGCAUCACCAGUUUCCUGGCCUUCUUGGUCCCGAGCGCUCUAUGCUUCAUGAACAAAUAUUUCUCAAAUAUCAGCCUACUUCGGUUACGAUAAAACCGCGCCUUGUUCCUAGGUACGAAUUUCAAAACUCAUGAAACACAUCUCCAUGGGAGCCGUCGCUCGUUGUUCUUGGCCCACUGCUCUGGUGUGCCUUCUCGCGUCUUGAUUACCGGCUUACCCUAACCUUUUCCGCAUUAGGUAGGCCUACCUACCGCUCGCUCGGCAGUGCUCAGCUCACCCAUUUCGAACUUGUAAAUGACAAACUUGUUAACAUAGGUUAUGAAACAUAGAAGCGCAAGAGACGACGACGAGUUAUGAUCAUCACAGUUUCGAUCCAACAUAGGCAACGCUGAAGCUAAUCAACAAGCGAGGGAGAAAUUAGUGUUAAUUAAUUUAUUGACUCGAAUUAGUGGCCAGGGCUAAGGUGCUCAUACUCCUCUACCAUUCAAUGGUUAUGAUCUGUUUAAAAAAUAUAGAUCAUAAAAAACGGUGACCAGGGUUGUUGAUUCGUUAAACUUCAGUUGUGAUGUGGAGAUGUCACAAACUGAAGUUAAUUAUUAAGAAACCGUUCCGUCUUUAUUAGUUUUAGACUGAGACAGGUUAGUUAAGGUCAGUUCAAGAAUUUAAUACGUUUAAGAUGAUCAAGAAUGCUAAUCAAAUGUACAUAUGCGAGUUUACGGUAGCUUUAGGUAGUCAUAUACUAAAAUGCUAAAUCAACAUCAUAAUAUUGAACCUGUAUUAAGCAAAAUCCAUUCAAAUGAGACAUGCUAGUAAUAUGUUAAAAUUGAAACCAAAUAUUAGCGAGUAAGCUACUGAUAAUAAAUAUCAUUAAUUUUUAAAGAAAUUUAAUCAAGA